AUGCAAUAUAUGGUUGAGGCUCGAGCUCGAGAGGACUUUCGCCAAAACGCACUACCCGGACGUGCUUCUCAGGGAACAACUGGCGCUCAAGGUCGACCUCAAGGAGGAAGGGUAGAGGUCUGGUUCAAGAACCGGCGCGCGAAGUGGCGCAAGCAGAAACGCGAGGAGCAGGAGCGCCUCCGCCGUCUGCGGGACGACUGCGGCCAAGCGGACGGCGGCGGCGGUGGCGGCGACCCGACGCACGCCCUGCACGAGGAGGACGCCCGCGAUCCGGACCUCAGCAGCGACGACGAGGCGCCCUCGGAGGCCGUGCGUUCCCUCGACAGCAAGCUCUCGGCUCCGCCCCAGGAACCCCCGGCCGACCCCGCCUGCGGCAGCGCCGGCCUGGCCUUCUUCCCUCAGGGCAAGGGCGUUCCCUCGGAGGCGGAGGCGACGCGGAGCGAGGCGCUGCCGACGUCGUUCGGGGCGGCGCGGGACUGCCGCUUCGACGCGCCCUCGGCCACCAAGCACGGCCGGGUGAGCCUCCUGGAGGAGUCCCCGAAGCUGCCGGCGACGGCGUUCCUCGUGGCCGCCGAGGACCUGCACUCGCCCAAGAGGAGACGAAUCUCUUCAGAAACCACGGAGGUCGAAUUAACAUAAUUGAACAAAAAUAUCUUCAUCGGCCUCCGCGCGCUCGUCUUAUCCUGUCAAUAUUGUUUAAUAUAGACUAGUCAUAAUUACUCAGUAACCAUCGGCACAAAGCAUGUGUGUCGGUCAGUGUGUCAGUGUGCGUGGCAGUGCUUCGUCUGGGCCGGCGAGUUUUGAGGAAGCUGCUUGUCUAAAAAUAGCAUUCCUAUUGAAUCCGGUGUGUGCUUACGACGUCGUUCGUGUUGGGGGAGUGUCUGCAAAUGCAGUGUGAAGAAGCAGUGUAAUCAAAACAAAGUUUUAUCUUAAUUGCUUCCGUGAAUUUUGAUUCCUUAAAAACUAAAAUUAUAUGUUUAAGAAAGACAUUUAUGUAAAUUGUACAUAGGCAUCCUACACCUUUACCUCAAAUUCAUAAUGUUAAAGUAUAAUACAAACGUAAUCAGAAAAACAAAUUAAUGACACAUUAACUAGAAUAGAAGCAUGUCCAUGUCUGCAUCUUGGUCUGUCACAUUUAGAUGUCAAUUACAAU